AUGACUCAAGGUGUUGCUAAGGAUUUUUCACACUUGUACAGUGAUGAGACUAAAAGUCGUAUGCCUUCUCAAUUGAAGUCAAUUAUACAUUAUUUCAAUGAUCCAAACUUGAUCUUUUUGGGUGGUGGUUUACCAAUGUCUGAUUACUUCCCAUGGGAUAACUUGACUGUGGAAUCUCCUCUACCACCUUUCUCCAACGGUAUCGGUGCCAAACCAUCUGGGGAUGAUGCCGAUACUUGUCAGAUUCAUAUCACCAAGAACUUAGAGGAAUCUCAAAAGGGUGUCGAUAUUCCAUUGUCAAGAUCUUUGCAAUAUGGUUACUCUCAAGGUCAACCUGAAAUCACGAAGUUCUUCAAAGAGCACCAUUCUUUGAUUCAUGACAUGAAGUACGAGAAUUGGGAUGUGUUGGCUACCAUUGGUAACACCGGUGCCUGGGAAUCCGUCUUAAGAAUUUUCUGUAACAGAGGUGACACUAUUCUUGCUGAACAGUUCGCUUUCUCAUCUUCUAUUAGCGCUGCGGAGGCUCAAGGUGUCAACGUGUUCCCUAUUCCAUUAGAUGAACACGGUAUCAUUCCAAGCAAGCUAGAGACUAUCUUGGAUAACUGGACCGAGGGUGCCGCUAAGCCAAAAUUAUUAUACACUGUUCCAACUGGUCAAAACCCAACUGGUUCAUCUUUAUCCUUCGAUAGGAAAGAAGAAAUCUAUCGUAUUGCCCAAAAGCACGAUUUCAUUAUCAUUGAAGAUGAACCAUACUACUUCUUGCAAAUGGAAAAAUACGAAAAAGAUCCGGCAAACAGGGUUGUCAAAUCCUACGCUGAUCAUAAAGAGUUCAUUCAAAACUUGGAAAAAUCUUUCGUCUCUAUUGACACCGAGGGACGUGUAUUAAGAUUGGACUCUUUGUCCAAGGUCCUAGCUCCAGGUACAAGAUUCGGUUGGAUCGUUGGUGCCAAAGACAUCUUGGCCCGUAUCUUAAGUUUACAAGAAAUGACCAUCCAAGCUCCUGCUGGUUUCACUCAAUCGAUCAUCGCUGGUACCAUGAACCGCUGGGGUCAAGAAGGAUACUUGGACUGGUUGAUCGGUUUGAGACACGAAUACACCAAGAAGCGUGACUGUUGUAUUGAUGCAUUGUACAAAUACCUACCACAAGUCGAUUACAUCAAGAUUAAUCCACCAAUCGCUGGUAUGUUCUUUACUGUCAACAUUGACGCUUCCAAGCAUCCCGAAUUUGCAACCAAGUACGGGUCAGAUCCUGAAAAAGUUGAAAAGGCUAUCUUUGACAGGUCCAUCGCUUCAGGUGUAUUGGUCGUUCCUGGUAACUGGUUCAAGUCUCAAGGCCAAACCACUCCACCUCAGCCAGAAGCUUCUUUCAAAUCCGAAAAACCUAACGAAAUAUUCUUUAGAGGUACUUACGCUGCUGUUCCAUUGGAUAAGAUGACUGUCGGUUUGCACAGAUUUGGAGAUGGUUUGUACGAAGAGUUUCAAUUAACCAAAUAA